AUGGCUGCUACUGGAGACACCGGAACGCGAGUGCGCUCGAAAGGGCGAUUCCGCUUCGUCAUGGCCUUCUCGGCCCUGUCCAUUGUGGCCUUUUCCAGCGCGUUUGAUGCCACCAUUCUUGGAAAUGCAUUGCCUGUCAUAGCCGAAGACGUCGGCGCCACCAGCCUGGAGUCGUUCUGGAUGACCAUCUCGUUCAUGCUCGCAUCCGUCGCCCUGCAACCAGUGCAUACAGCCUUCUCCGACAUCUUUGGCCGCAAACCAGUCCUAUUCCUCUGCUGUGUCCUCUUCACUGCGGGGUUGAUCGUCUUCGGUCUCGCUCGCUCUCCAGCCGCCAUCAUCACCGGCCGAACCAUCCAGGGCAUGGGCGGGGGCGGGCUUGAAGCCCUGUCCGAGGUCAUCCUUACAGACCUCACCACGCUCAAAGAAAGACCGCUCUAUCUUGGCAUCUUGUCCUUCUUUUGGGCCACAGCGGGAGCGGUAGGCCCUCCAGUCGGCGGAGCUCUUGCGCAGUAUGCCAGCUGGAGGUGGCUCGCCUGGAUCAACCUACCUUUCAUGGGCAUCGCCAUGGUACUGAUACCACUCUUCUUGACAUUGCAACAGGACAGGAGCUCCGCCAGCAGCAAGCUGCGCAGAGUGGACUGGAUUGGCAUUGCCCUCUUCAUCGCGGCAGUCACGCUCCUCCUCGUCCCCCUGACAUGUGGCGGCAACGCCAUUGCCUGGAACAGUGCCGGAACCAUCGUCUCGCUCGUCAUCGGCGGCUCGUGCCUCGUCCUCUUCGUAUUCGCCGAGAGCAGAGCCCAGGAGCCGAUGAUGCCGCCACGCGUCAUCAACACCCCCAUGCUCGCGGCCACGAUGCUCGGCUCCCUGCUGCACGGAAUCGCCAUGUGGUGCAUCCUCUACUACGCGCCCCUCUUCUUCGAGAGCGUCUUCGGGCACGACCCGCUCCAGUCCGCCGUCGACGGCUUCUCGUUCGCCUUCACCGCCACGCCGGCGGCCAUCCUCACGGCCUUCCUCAUCGACGCGGUCCGGCGCUACCUCUGGGGCAUCGCGCUCGGCUGGACGCUCGCGACGUCGGGCGCCGGCGCCAUGACGCUCCUCGCCGUCGACGCGAGCGUGACCGCCGGGCGCGCGCUGCUCGUCCCCGCCGGCCUGGGGCUGGGCAUGCUGUACCCGGCGCUCGCGAUGCCCGUCCAGCCGGCCGUCGGCGCGGACCUCGCGGGCGUGGCGACGGGCACGCUGUGCUUCUUCCGCUCGCUGGGCAUGACGCUCGGCCUCGCCAUCGGCUCUGCCGUCUUCUCCAACAGGUUUGCGGCGCUGCUGCGCGACAGCGGCCUCGCGGACCUUGAUGGCUUUGAUUCCGGCGCGAGAGACGCGGUGGGAUUUAUCCCGCACCUGCGCGAGCACGACCUCUCGCCGGCGGACCUGCUGGCGCUGCGCAAGGUCUAUGCGGCGUCGUUUAGGUCCAUUUGCGUGGCUUUGUCCGUCGUUGCCGGCGUGGGGCUGCUGGCUACCGUCUUCAUCAAGGAUAUGUCUAUCGAGAGCGAGGAUGAAGGGCGCCAGGCAUUCCAAACCGAAGCCAUCACUAGAGAAGACACUGUAGAAAUGGCCCAAGACUGA